AUGAAGUUCUCCAAGUCUCAGGCUUUCGCCGCUGCUCUGGUCGCUGCGAAUGCCGUAAACGCUCACACCAUGUUCUCCAACUUCUACGUUGACGGCCUCGACCAGGGUGAUGCAACGUGCGUUCGCAUGAGCAACAACCCAUCGCAGGCCACGUUCCCCAUUGCUGGUAUUACUAGCGAGGACAUGGCAUGCGGUGUUAACGGCAAGAACGGCGUUGCCCGCGUCUGCAAAGCCAACUCGGACUCCACUCUGACGUUCGAGUUCCGUGCUUGGUCAAACGACGCGAGCAAGGGCAUGCUCGACAUCUCCCACAAGGGCCCUUGCGCCAUGUACCUCAAGAAGGUGUCCUCUGCUGUUGACGAUGGCGCUACCGGUAAUGGCUGGUUCAAGAUCUGGGACGAGGGCUACAAUGAGUCCAAGAAGCAGUGGUGCACUGAGAGGCUCAUCACGGAAGAGAACGGCCGCCUGUCGAUCAAGCUUCCCGCUGGCCUCCAGGGCGGCUACUACCUCGCCCGUCCGGAGCUUCUGGCCCUCCACGCCGCCGACAAGGGUGACCCACAGUUCUACACCGGCUGCGCCCAGAUCUACCUCGAGUCUUCCGGCAACAAAGUUCCUGCGGAGACAGUCUCCAUCCCCGGCCACGUCCAGUACGGCCAGAAGGCUGUCAGCUUCAACAUCUGGAGGUGGCCAGGGAUGGAUCUUCCCUAUCCCAACCCGGGUCCCAGCGUGGCCGCGCUUGUAGAUGGCUCUUCCUCAGCUAGCGUCUCGAGCGAUCAGAUUGAGGGACAACGCCCAGCUGACUGCAUCAUGGAGAACGGCAACUGGUGCGGCAAGGAAGUGCCAUCGUACAGCACUCAAGACGGCUGCUGGAAGGCUGGCCAAAACUGCUGGGACCAAGCUGACGUCUGCUGGAAGUCCGCACCGCCAACUGGCGGCAAGGGCUGCGACCUCUGGGGCAAAUACUGCGAGAGCCUCAACAACCAAUGCAGAGACAAGAACUGGAACGGCCCACCCAACGCCGGCAAAGACAUGACGCCCAAGCACACGACCAUCCAACUUGGCGGCGUCGUCGGAACACGCUCAGGCCCCACCGCCGCAGCGAACCCGGCUCCAGUCGCAUCAGCAUCAGCGACGUCGUCCGCCGAUGCUCCGGAGUACACGAGCGAGGCUGCCGCUUCGUCUGAGCCAACCUCCGCUGCGGCAAGCUCUCCCGCAUACACUUAUGUCGCUCCGUCCUCUGAGGCUGCUUCUUCGGCCGCCGCGCCUGCCAGCACUUCGCUGUCAUUCUCGACUAUCGCACCCGAGGCGCCUGCGACCACCGAGAACCCAUGGGCUCGCUAUCACACUGUCGUCGAGACCGUCGUCGUCACCGAGGUCGAGUAUGUCACUCAGUACCACAAGCGCCAUGCUCGCCACUUCGGGCAGAAGUACUAG